GUUUUUUAUCGCGGUGUCGUUACACGGCUGCGAAAUAGUUACCCGCUCUCUGGACUUCUCGCGUGUGCACUGGCUCUUUGUAACGAUGACUAUACACCGGCGCAUCGCGCGUGGUUCGCUGUUUUCCUGGAAGAAAAGUGUGUGCGGAAGAUGAAUGAACCAAUUUACCCUUGGCCCGUCCCGGUGUGCAGUUGGAAGCGGACGGGCAAUCGUAGCAAUCCACAGUUUUCGGGUUCGAGUCAACCAACACGAUUGAAUCCCUCCCUCGUGCGCGCCUGCUGCGAGUGACAGUUAUUGAGCAAUUUGAAUCAGUGUGGAUGGUGUGUUGAUUUUUUCAAGUGGCUGCUGUACCAAUAUCAUCCUUCCCGUCUUCUUCCCGUCGCUUUCGCUUCGCACUUGGGACCGGUACCGUCAAGGCAUUUAAGUGUGCACUAUAGAUUAUUGCUUACAAUUAUUUAUUCUUUUUACAACAAAAAAAACGCGCAACAUUCUAGGCAACAACACGGCGAAGAAGUUUUAUUGCUCACAAGUGGCUAACGCAUGGGCGCAGUGUAGUGCUACCGGUGAAGCCGAAAGCAAAGAAGAAGCGAUCCAGAAAAAAAUGUCAAUCUGAGUGACUUAAUAAGCAUCAGCAGCCAACAAAAGUAAAUCAUCAAUAUAACAUCAUCAGUGUAUACGCGCGUGUGUGAAAUACGUGGUGAUAUGAAAGAUGGCAGUUAGCGGUUUCGGUCGUUAAAAUAUUAAACGUUUCUUCACAUACACACGGCGACGGAAAGUGGAACUAACACACAACGGAAUCGGUAUCAAAACCGAUGAUAAAUCAAAAGGACAACAGAAAUAAUUAAUGUGAUUUGAACGUAUAACGAGCUUAACAUUGAUAACGCCUGCAGUAUACGCAGUACAAAAAUGACCCAGGCGGAAGAGGUUCUGGAGGUGAAGAAUCUCUACCACAGCAACGUACCGGACGAUCAGCACUCACCGAACCACGGUGGGAAGGAGGAUCAGCAACCGACCAACAACGAGUCAAACAAUCACAUCCACCCGCCGGUGGUACGAUCGGAUAAGAUCGCGGUAACAAAUGGUGCACACAUCGAUAAUGCUGCCGACCACGAUGCCACCGACGGUGCCUCUUUCAUCCGCGACAGUGCACCGAGCGGCGACGCGACCAAACAGACCCAGUGGCAUCCGCACGUGUACGCUAACCCACCGAAACAACCACCGACACCGCACUCUAUAAUGGACAUUCUCGGAUGGAAAGGAACUGGCCGUGGGAAGUGUACUGCCGAGAGUAGUCCGCAUGAUGGCGCUGUUCUGCAGGAUAAUCACACCUCAACACCUUACGGUAGGGUUUAUGAAGAGGCGUCAACGAAGGAUGAAGCUGGCGGUCAUGACGUUUCCUCGUUUUACUACCGUCCGACUGAUGUGGAGAAGCGGCAGGUGGUAGAGGAUGAGGACAUAACGGUGGAUCGGGACGAGGACAGCGAAGGGGAGAUAGAGGGCAAGGGGAUCAACGUCGAUCGAUCGCGACCGAUGAGCCCAAACGAUGAACCGCUUAAUCUGUGCAUAUCAAAACCCACGGUUGAGUUCAAUGUGGCAGCUCUUGGAUCGACGGACGUAACGAUGGCUGUGGGUAGGAAAACGCCUAGUGUGGGCCGCCGGUCGUUGGAUCGUUUACACGAGCGUAAAAUUACAUCCGAGGAAGAUUCCACCCAAGAGUCAACACGGUCCUCCUCGGUACAUUAUCAUCAGCGACACACAUCGGCGACACUUUCUGCCGCCACACACCAGCAACGUCCGCGAAGUGUUGCACCCCCGCCAACGUUAGCGCACUCGAGCGAUGCCGACUCAGAUAUCUGCAUGUCGAACGAUGACUCCUCCACAGCCGACGGUCACUUUAGCGCGGUCAGUGAUACUGUUGCCUCGGCCACGCUGACCAUGUCGACACUGUUCUCACUACCCAAACCGGCGGUUGGUUCAAGUGGACCCACGAACGGCGGUGGAACGGGGGCGGGAAUGGGCGAAGAGGAACCGGCCAGUAUCGCUAGUCACCACAGACGCAAGAAAAAGGCACGCACCACGUUCACGGGACGUCAGAUAUUCGAGCUGGAGAAACAGUUCGAGGUUAAGAAGUAUUUGUCGUCCAACGAACGGACGGAGAUGGCGAAGCUGUUGAACGUCACGGAAACACAGGUUAAAAUAUGGUUUCAAAACCGUCGUACCAAGUGGAAAAAGCAGGAUAGUGCGGGUGGAGGAGGAGUGGGUGGUGCUACCACCGGCGCUGGGGACGUACCAACAACUGCCACCGUCAUCUCCUCCACCUCCACCCAUACGUCACAUACGCCAAAGGAUGUUGCCAAAGCCGGCGGUGGACGGAUCGCGAACGUUGGUUCCAAACCAACCGCCACGGAACAGCCAACCAAAUCGCCGUGGAUAAGCGAGCUGGAAAGUUUGCAGGAAUUGCAGCAACAGCAGCACCCAGCACCGCCGCCACCGUCAAUAAAAUCACGCCCGUACCCAAAAACCGCCGGCGGUACCGCUGUAAAAAAGGGCUCCGCCGGAAGCGAACAGCAAAGGCGCGGUGCAAGCAAACAGCUCGAGCGCCAUCUAGCGGUGGCGGCUGGUAGCAUCGAGCGUCGCAGCAACAGCAGCAGUCGAAGCAAUAGCACUCCGGUUGAGCACACCCACCCACAGAUGGCGCAAUCCGCAUGACGUCCGAAGCGUGGUAAAUUGUAAAGGAACGCGAACUGCUCAUGGUUGAACGUGCGUGCGGUGUGUGUUUCGAGUGUAUUUAUUGUCGGGUAAAAUGUUACACCGAGCGAAAGAAAAGGUUCUUUACCGUACCAAGUAUAUGGCGAACAAUUCCAGGUGUUUUGCAAUAACACGUCCACAAUGAAUACACCUUAUCGCCGACGAUCCGCGUUCUAUGCAUCAUUCAUCGGUCCAGUCCCAUUAUUUGCGAAUGAUAUUAGUCUUUAAAAUACUGUGCCAUUUCUUGGAGGGGAAGGUGUCUACUCACACACUCUGCCAAAUGUUUUACCGUGAGAUGAUCGGGAAGAUGCAUAGGUAGGACGGGUAGUGUACGCGUGUGUUGCGCUUGCUUUGCGAAUUAAUGGCAAGCGUUUAGUGAAAUUCAGGGUAGUUAGAAGCUAAAGGAUAACUGGCAGAAACACAGAUUGCAUUAUGAAGGAUAUAAAUUAAUAUGGAAAAAAUCCAAACACACACGAACGUUUAUGCUAAGCUCGCGGUAGCAAAAACCAGUAUGGAAAUAAAGUAACAAGAUGACUUUUAAAGCGUCGAUUGAAUUAA